AUGUAAAACGGAGUCUGUCAGCUGAUUGCUUUCCAAAAAAGCAGAAAGAUGGCGGCAGAAAUCCACUCCCGGAUGCAUACGAGCCGCCCGGUUCUGCUCAACAAAAUCGAGGGGCACCAGGACGCAGUGAACGCGGCUGUGCUCAUUCCCAAGGAAGACGGGGUGAUCACAGUCAGCGAGGACAGGACAGUACGUGUAUGGUUGAAACGAGACAGUGGUCAGUAUUGGCCAAGCAUUUUUCACACAGUAUCAGCACCCUGCUCUGCUAUUUCCUACAAUCAUGACAGCAAACGGAUUUUUAUGGGUCAGGAUAAUGGAGCAAUUGUGGAGUUCAUCAUAGCUGAAGAUUUCAACAAAAUGACUUAUAUAAAGACUUAUCCAGCACAUCAGAAUCGUGUUACAGCAAUCAUAUUUUCUCCAGAAACUGAAUGGGUUAUAAGCACAGGACAUGACAAGUACCUCAGCUGGAUGUGUACCAGGAGUGGAUGUCUACAGGGAAGACAUUGCUUUAGUGCAUGGGCUUCCUGCUUACAAUAUGAUAUGGAAACAUGUCAUGCGUUUGUUGGUGAUUACUCUGGACAAAUCACUUUGUUAAAGCUUGAACAGAAUUCUUGCAGCGUCAUUUCAGCAUUGAAAGGACAUGAAGGCAGCAUAGGAGCUCUUUGGUGGGAUCCUAUCCACCGACUGUUAUUUUCUGGAGCAUCUGACCACAGCAUUAUCAUGUGGGAUAUUGGUGGAAUGAAAGGCAGGACUUUACUACUUCAGGGUCAUCACGACAAAGUACAAUCUCUCUGCUACUUGCAACUAACACGGCAGCUGAUUUCCUGUGCUGCUGAUGGGGGUAUUGUAGUUUGGAACAUGGAUGCUCAGAGAGAAGAGGCUCCGCAAUGGCAGGAAAGCGAUUCUUGUCAAAACUGUAAACAGCCGUUCUUCUGGAACUUCAAACAGAUGUGGGACACAAAGACUCUUGGUUUGCGGCAGCAUCACUGCAGAAAGUGCGGCAAAGCUAUUUGUGGGAAAUGCAGCACUAAACGUACUACCUACCCUGUGAUGGGCUUUGAGUUUCUGGUGCGAGUCUGUAACGACUGCUUUGAUACAGUCAAGGAUGAAGAUCGAACCUCUUUGGCAACGUUCCAUGAAGGCAAACAUAAUAUUGCUCACAUGAAUCUGGAUAACACAAGAGGAUUGAUGGUAACCUGUGGAAGUGAUCGUGUUGUGAAGAUCUGGGACAUGACACCAGUCAUUGGCUGUGGUAUGGCUACAGGGCUUUCUUCCCGUUGACCUCCGACCUCCAAUAGCACUGCACCUUUGACGUAUAUGUGCAGAAUCAAUUCCACCUACAUGUUACCAUGGAGUUGAGUAGAGAUUCAGGUGAUAAGCUUCCACUUAGCCCAAAGGACCGAAUAAAUAUUCACUUGAGUAAACACCGUUUGUGCCCAAAACUAUAGGCACAGAGGGGGGAGAAAAACUGCAAAAGAUAUGACAAAAAAAAACUACCUUUCUAACUAAAAUUGUAAAAUAGCGCCAUACUACAUAAGAUUAUAUUUGUUCUGUAUUUAUUCUGUGCAUAACCUAACAUGAUUUAAUGUCUUUAAUGAAGAAAUGUUGUGCAAGAUAUUUUUUAGAUAAAAAUGUGUCUUUUAUCCUGGCCAUUUACAUGUUGUAGAUUGGUGACUCCUGGUCUGUUUACAGUACGAUGGUUUUCAGUGUUUGCUUUAGUUAUACACUGCAAAUUCCUGUCGUAUGCAAUUUGUGACCAGGCAUGGAUAAACAGGGGCACUUUAUGGGGGAAUGUAAGCUGCAUUUCUGUAAUAACACAGGAAAUAUUUGGGAUUAUUAAAAAAAACCUGUACCCAUUAAUCAGUUUGCUUCUCUUUCCAACGGUGAUGUGCGAGGAGCAGUUUUUUUUUCUCCUUUUGACAGCAACAUAAAUGAAUACAUUUCCCUCUGCUACGGGGUGCACAGUCUGAUUAAGAAGGAUGGAACAAUUUAUCAUGAGCAUGUACAAAAGAUACGGUCAUGUUCUUCAGCAUUUUUACUUCAUUUCAAAAUGAAGAAGCUUCUAUACACUUCGAGAUAAAAUGAAUUACAAUCUCUCUUUAACUAUGCUUAGUUAGCACUAGUGUUGUAGAAGCCAUCAAUGUUCAUUAUAUUGCCAGUUGCAGUUCCUGUAAAAGCACGUAUCAUUUACCCCAUAAUACAAUGCUGGUAUUUUGAUAGUAAUGCCAGUGAGUUAAUGCUUUCAGAUUUCAGAUGUUUCCUGUAAUUAUUUUAGUUAGUACACUCCAUGUUAUCAUUUUCUGCAUUCACAAUUUACAAUAAUAGAAAAGUGAUGGAAAGUACAGUUCAUGUGUCUGAGAAUGUCCAAGGUAUGAUUCUUAAAAGGUAUGAAUGAUGCACUGCAAAUUUUGCUCUGCACUAUUUUAUGUGCGCCUAAUAGUUAUUUAAGGAAGAAAUUACUUUUGAGACAACAGGUGUAGAGCUGGAUGAGCACAGCAGGCCA